CCACCUAAUGUAGCUCUUUCCGGCAUCCUGAAAAGCUACGAACAAGAAAACCGGACGUCGUCUUUUCUUCGCUGAUCGUACAGCGGCGUUCAUCAAUUCUCCUGCAUUUUCCUUGAUUUUUAAUUGCCAAAACGUCUUACGCAAUGAGAGGGGACCGCGGCCGGGGUCGAGGAGGCCGCUUUGGGUCACGUGGAGGGCUCGUUCAGGGGUAUCGUCCAUUUGUUCCACACAUCCCAUUUGAUUUUUAUGUGUGUGAGAUGGCCUUCCCCAGAGUGAAGCCUGCACCUGAUGAGAGUGCGUUCAGCGAGUGUCUGCUGAAGAGAAAUCAAGACCUGAGUCCCACAUCUACGGAGCAGUCCUCCAUCUUGUCUCUGGUCACCAAGAUCAACAAUGUCAUCGAUAACCUGAUUGUUGCCCCUGGUAAUUUUGAAGUGCAAAUUGAGGAGGUGCGUCAGGUGGGCUCCUACAAGAAGGGUACCAUGACAACCGGCCACAAUGUUGCCGACCUUGUUGUGAUGCUCAAGAUUCUUCCAACUUUGGAGGCUGUUGCGGCUCUGGGCAACAAAGUAGUGGAGACUCUUCGCACCCAGGACCCUACAGAAGUGCUGUCCAUGCUGACCAAUGAGACCGGCUUUGAGAUCAGCUCAGCGGAUGCGACCGUCAAGAUCCUCAUCACGACUGUGCCUCCCAACCUGCGCAAACUGGACCCUGAGCUGCACUUGGACAUUAAGGUACUGCAGAGCGCCCUGGCCGCCAUCCGCCACGCUCGCUGGUUUGAGGAAAACGCUUCUCAAUCCACGGUUAAAGUGUUGAUCCGCCUUCUGAAGGACCUCAGGCUGCGUUUUACUGGCUUAGAGCCUCUUACACCUUGGAUUUUGGACUUGUUGGGGCACUCUGCUGUUAUGAACAAUCCGUCCAGGCAGCCGCUGUCCCUAAAUGUGGCUUACAGGCGCUGCCUGCAGAUGCUGGCCGCCGGUCUCUUCCUGCCCGGCUCGGUGGGCAUCACCGACCCCUGCGAGAGCGGAAAUUUCCGCGUGCACACAGUCAUGACUCUAGAACAGCAGGACAUGGUGUGCUACACGGCUCAGACACUGGUGAGGGUCCUUUCACACGGAGGUUUCCGAAAGAUCCUCGGACUUGACGGAGACGCUAGCUAUCUGGCUACGGAGAUGUCCACUUGGGACGGUGUGAUCGUCACCCCUUCAGAAAAAGCCUAUGAGAAGCCCCCAGAAAAGAAAGAGGAAGAGGAUGAGGCUCUGGAGGAGGGAGGGGAUGGAGGAGAUGCAGAGGAUGACAGCAUGGAGACCCAGGAGUGAUGUCAAUGUUCAUUGUUAAACUUAUUGAGGAGAACCUGAAGUUGGGCAGAAACACCAGCAGGAUUCCACUUUUUGAUUACAAUGUGUUUAGUAAAAAAGGAUUGGCUCCAGUUUAGAUUUUUUUUUUUUUUUUAAAUGUUUUUAUUUGAAGCGGUUUAUUCUGCAAUAAACACUUUUCUUACUGUC